UCCUUUCCUCACAGAAUGGGUGAUGCCCACAUGGCCGAGUUCGGAGCUGCAGCGCCCUACCUCCGGAAAUCGGACAAGGAGCGCCUGGAGGCCCAGACGCGCAUCUUCGACAUCCGCACCGAGUGUUUUGUGCCCGAUGACAAAGAAGAGUACGUCAAGGGCAAAGUGUUGAGCCGCGAGGGUGGAUCGGUCACCGUACAAACCGAGAACGGCAAGACGGUGACAGUGAAAGAGGCAGAUGUCCACCAACAGAAUCCGCCCAAAUUUGACAAGAUCGAGGACAUGGCCAUGCUCACCUUCUUGCAUGAGCCAGCUGUUCUGUACAACCUCAAGGAACGCUACGCAGCCUGGAUGAUCUAUACGUACUCCGGCCUCUUCUGUGUGACUGUCAACCCUUACAAAUGGCUGCCGGUCUACAAUGCGGAGGUGGUGGCAGCCUAUCGGGGCAAGAAGAGAACUGAAGCCCCUCCCCACAUCUUCUCCAUCUCCGACAACGCAUACCAAUACAUGCUGACGGACCGAGAAAACCAAUCUGUCCUCAUCACCGGAGAAUCUGGUGCUGGGAAGACGGUGAACACCAAACGGGUCAUCCAGUACUUUGCCAGCAUUGCUGCCAUCGGUGACCGCAAGAAAGACGCUGCCAACAGCACCAAGGGGACGCUGGAAGAUCAAAUCAUCCAGGCUAACCCCGCACUGGAGGCCUUUGGCAACGCCAAGACCUUACGGAACGACAACUCGUCCCGAUUUGGUAAAUUCAUCCGAAUCCAUUUUGGGGCAACAGGAAAACUGGCAUCUGCAGACAUCGAAACCUAUCUCCUGGAGAAGUCCCGUGUUAUUUUCCAGCUCAAAGCUGAGAGAAAUUACCACAUCUUCUACCAGAUCCUGUCCAACAAGAAGCCAGAGCUUCUGGACCUGCUGCUGGUUACCAACAACCCCUAUGACUACGGCUAUGUCUCCCAAGGAGAGGUGACUGUAGCCUCCAUUGAUGACUCCGAGGAGCUGCUGGCCACAGACAGCGCCUUUGAUGUUUUGGGUUUUACACCAGAGGAGAAAAUCGGGGUGUACAAGAUGACAGGAGCCAUCAUGCAUUAUGGCAACAUGAAGUUCAAGCAGAAACAGCGAGAGGAACAGGCAGAACCAGAUGGAACUGAGGAUGCAGAUAAAUCUGCCUACUUGAUGGGCCUGAAUUCGGCAGACCUCCUCAAGGGCCUCUGCCACCCACGGGUGAAGGUGGGCAAUGAAUACGUCACCAAGGGGCAAAACGUCCAGCAGGUGUACUACUCCCUCGGAGCCCUGGCCAAAUCCGUGUACGAGAAAAUGUUCAGUUGGAUGGUGGUCCGCAUCAACAACUCUUUGGAGACCAAGCAGCCCCGGCAGUAUUUCAUCGGGGUGUUGGACAUUGCGGGCUUUGAGAUCUUUGAUUUCAACAGCUUUGAGCAGCUGUGCAUCAACUUCACCAACGAGAAGCUGCAGCAGUUCUUCAACCACCACAUGUUCGUGCUGGAGCAGGAGGAGUACAAAAAGGAAGGCAUCGAGUGGGAGUUCAUCGACUUCGGCAUGGACCUGCAGGCCUGCAUCGACCUUAUCGAGAAGCCGCUGGGGAUCAUGUCCAUCCUGGAGGAGGAGUGCAUGUUCCCCAAGGCCUCCGACAUGACCUUCAAGGCCAAGCUCUUCGACAACCAUCUGGGCAAGUCGUCCAACUUUGGGAAGCCCCGGAACACCAAGGGCAAGCCAGAGGCCCACUUCUCCCUCACCCAUUACGCCGGCACCGUGGACUACAACAUCAACGGCUGGCUGCAGAAGAACAAGGACCCACUCAACGAGACGGUGGUGGGGCUCUACCAGAAGUCGGCUGUCAAGCUCCUCGCCACGCUCUUCUCCAGCUACGCCAGCAUUGACGCUGGUGGAGAUGGAGGGAAGGGGAAAGGCUCCAAGAAGAAAGGAUCGUCUUUCCAGACUGUCUCAGCACUUCAUCGGGAGAACCUGAACAAGCUGAUGGCCAACCUGAAGACCACCCACCCUCACUUUGUGCGGUGUCUCAUCCCCAAUGAAAGGAAAGCGCCUGGGGUGAUGGAUAACCCGUUGGUCAUGCAUCAGCUGCGUUGUAAUGGGGUCCUGGAGGGGAUCCGGAUCUGCCGGAAGGGAUUCCCCAACCGAAUCCUCUACGGGGACUUCCGGCAAAGGUACCGUAUCCUGAAUCCAGCUGCCAUCCCAGAGGGACAGUUCAUCGACAGCCGGAAGGGGGCAGAGAAACUGCUGGGCUCGCUUGACAUUGACCACAAUCAGUACAAGUUUGGCCACACCAAGGUGUUUUUCAAGGCCGGGCUGCUGGGCCAGCUGGAAGAGAUGCGUGACGAGCGUCUCUCCCGCAUCAUCACCCGCAUCCAAGCCCAGGCCCGGGGCCAGCUCAUGCGCAUUGAGUUCAAGAAGAUCCUGGAGCGCCGCGACGCCCUGCUGGUGAUCCAGUGGAACAUCCGGGCCUUCAUGGGGGUGAAGAACUGGCCUUGGAUGAAGCUCUUCUUCAAGAUCAAGCCCCUGCUGAAGAGCGCAGAGACGGAGAAGGAGAUGCAGACAAUGAAGGAGGAAUUUGGGAGACUGAAGGAAGCUCUAGAGAAGUCGGAGGCCCGGAGGAAGGAGCUGGAGGAGAAGAUGGUCUCCCUGCUGCAGGAAAAGAAUGACCUCCAGCUGCAAGUCCAGGCUGAGCAAGACAAUCUGAACGAUGCAGAAGAGCGCUGCGACCAGCUGAUCAAGAACAAGAUCCAGCUGGAGGCCAAGGUGAAAGAGUUGACUGAACGGAUGGAGGACGAGGAGGAGAUGAACGCCGAGCUGACAGCCAAGAAGCGGAAGCUGGAGGAUGAGUGCUCAGAGCUGAAGAAGGACAUUGAUGACCUGGAGUUGACGCUGGCGAAGGUGGAGAAAGAGAAGCACGCCACGGAGAACAAGGUGAAAAACCUCACGGAGGAAAUGGCUGGUCUGGAUGAGAACAUAGCCAAGCUGACGAAGGAGAAGAAAUCCUUGCAGGAAGCUCACCAGCAAGCCUUGGACGACCUGCAGGUCGAAGAAGACAAAGUCAACGCUCUCACCAAAGCUAAGCUGAAGCUGGAGCAGCAGGCGGAUGAUUUGGAAGGUUCACUGGAACAGGAGAGGAAGAUCCGGAUGGAUCUGGAAAGGGCCAAGAGGAAGCUUGAGGGAGACUUGAAGCUGACGCAGGAGAACAUCAUGGACCUGGAGAAUGACAAGCAGCAGCUGGAAGAGAAACUGAAAAAGAAGGAAUUUGACAUCAACCAGCAGAACAGCAAGAUUGAGGACGAGCAAGCUCUGGCCUCACAGCUGCAGAAGAAAAUGAAGGAACUGCAGGCGCGGAUUGAAGAGCUAGAAGAGGAGCUGGAGGCGGAGCGCACGGCCCGGGCCAAGGUGGAGAAGCAGCGCUCGGACCUUUCGCGGGAGCUGGAGGAGAUCAGCGAGCGGCUGGAAGAGGCGGGCGGAGCCACCUCCGUGCAGAUCGAGCUGAACAAGAAGCGGGAGGCCGAGUUCCAGAAGAUGCGGCGAGACCUGGAGGAGGCCACGCUCCAGCACGAGGCCACGGCGGCAGCCUUGCGCAAGAAGCACGCCGACUCGGUGGCAGAGCUGGGCGAGCAGAUCGACAACCUGCAGCGCGUGAAGCAGAAGCUGGAGAAGGAGAAGAGCGAGCUCAAGCUGGAGCUGGAUGACGUCGGCUCCAAUACGGAGCAGCUGCUGAAAGCCAAGGUAAACCUGGAGAAGAUGUGUCGCACCAUGGAGGACCAAUCCGCAGACUACCGGGCCAAGCUUGAGGAGACCCAGCGGACUCUCAAUGACACCAGCACACAGCGGGCCAAGCUCCAGACAGAAAAUGGAGAACUGAGCCGCCAGCUAGAAGAGAAGGAGUCUCUAAUUUCUCAGCUCACCCGAGGGAAGCAGUCGUACACCCAACAAAUGGAGGAUUUGAAGAGACAAUUAGAAGAAGAGAGCAAGGCCAAGAAUGCUCUGGCACACGCGCUCCAGUCGGCCCGCCAUGACUGCGACCUGCUGAGGGAACAGUAUGAGGAGGAGACGGAGGCCAAAGCGGAGCUGCAGCGCCUGCUCUCCAAGGCCAACUCUGAGGUGGCGCAGUGGAGGACCAAGUAUGAGACCGACGCCAUCCAGAGGACGGAGGAGCUGGAGGAGGCCAAGAAGAAGCUGGCGCAGCGGCUGCAGGAUGCCGAGGAGGCAGUGGAGGCGGUUAACGCCAAGUGCUCCUCCCUGGAGAAGACCAAGCACCGCCUGCAGAAUGAGAUCGAGGACCUCAUGGUGGAUGUGGAGCGUUCCAACGCGGCUGCAGCUGCCCUGGACAAGAAGCAGAGGAACUUCGACAAGAUCCUCUCUGAGUGGAGGCAGAAAUAUGAGGAGUCCCAGGCAGAGUUAGAGGCAUCACAGAAGGAGUCUCGGGGGCUCAGCACUGAACUCUUCAAGCUGAAGAAUGCCUAUGAGGAGUCCCUGGAACAUCUGGAGACUUUAAAGAGGGAGAACAAAAACUUACAGGAGGAGAUUUCAGACCUCACCGAACAGCUGGGCGAGGGGGCCAAAAACCUGCACGAGCUGGAGAAGGUGCGGAAGCAGCUGGAAGCUGAGAAAAUGGAGUUACAGGCAGCUCUGGAAGAGGCGGAGGCCUCUUUGGAGCAUGAGGAAGGCAAGAUCCUCCGGGCCCAGCUGGAGUUCAACCAGAUCAAGGCUGAUAUUGAGCGGAAGUUGGCCGAGAAGGACGAGGAGAUGGAGCAGGCCAAGCGGAACCACCUGAGAAUGGUGGAGUCGCUCCAGGCGUCUCUGGAUGCCGAGACCCGCAGCCGCAACGAGGCCCUCAGAGUAAAGAAGAAGAUGGAGGGUGACCUCAACGAGAUGGAGAUCCAGCUCAGCCAAGCCAACCGGGUGGCUACCGAGGCCCAGAAACACCUCAAGGUCGCUCACGCCCACCUCAAGGACAACCAGAUCCAACUGGACGACGCCUUGCGGGCCAACGAGGACCUGAAGGAGAACAUCGCCAUGGUGGAGAGGCGGAAUUCACUGCUUCAGGCCGAGCUUGAAGAGCUGCGCAGCGUGGUGGAGCAGACGGAGCGUGGCCGGAAACUGGCUGAGCAGGAACUGAUCGAGGCCAGCGAAAGAGUCCAGCUCCUCCACUCCCAGAACACCAGCCUCAUCAACCAGAAGAAGAAAACUGAGACGGACCUGUCCCAACUUCAGUCAGAGGUGGAAGAGGCCGUGCAGGAGUGCAGGAAUGCUGAGGAGAAGGCCAAGAAAGCCAUCACUGACGCGGCCAUGAUGGCAGAGGAGCUGAAGAAGGAGCAGGACACCAGCGCGCACCUGGAGAGGAUGAAGAAGAACAUGGAGCAGACCAUCAAGGACCUGCAGAUGCGGCUGGAUGAAGCCGAGCAGCUGGCCCUGAAGGGCGGCAAGAAGCAGCUCCAGAAACUGGAGGCCCGAGUGCGGGAGCUGGAGAACGAGCUGGAGCUGGAGCAGAAGCGCAAUGUGGAGAGCGUCAAGGGCAUGCGCAAGUGUGAGAGGCGCAUCAAGGAGCUCACCUAUCAGACUGAGGAAGACAAGAAGAACUUGCUGCGACUUCAAGACCUGGUGGACAAGCUGCAGCUGAAAGUCAAAGCCUACAAGCGGCAGGCGGAAGAAGCAGAGGAGCAAGCGAACACCAACCUGGCCAAGUUCCGGAAGGUUCAGCACGAGCUGGAUGAGGCUGAAGAGCGGGCCGACAUUGCCGAGUCCCAAAUCAACAAGCUGAAGGCCAAGAGCCGUGAAGUGGGAGGCAAGAAACUUCAUGAUGAAGAGUGAGAAAGUUUGGAAUCUCCAAAUGAGUUGAAGUGGAGUUUCCUUCCUGCGCCCUUUCUCUGAAUAGGAUGUUGCAUGAAUAUAGUGUCUUGAAUAAAGCUGAGCAGCAAAUUUUAUCCUA